UGUCCAUGAAUGAUCCGUGAGGGUGGGGAUGUGAUGGCGGCGAUGGGCAUUGGAGCUGGUCAAGGAAAAAAAGACUGGAUAUUGGAGCCCCUCUCCUUGCCAGAGUCUCCGUGUUGCAAUUCUGAUGACCUCACAUCCUUGAUAUUACCUUGCAUAUUUUGUGAAGUUAGUUAUCCUGCAGAAGAUCAACAAAACCUGCUCAGACAUAUGAUUGUCGAACAUAAAUUGGUGAUAGCUGAUGUGAAGCUCAUUGCUGAUUUCAAGAGGUACAUUUUGUAUUGGAAGAAAAGGUUUAUUGAGCAACCAGUAACAGAUUUUUGUACUGUAAUAAGAACAAACGCCCAAGGUCCUGAAGAGAACCAAGUGGAGUACUACCUUCUCUGUGAUGUUUUACCUGAAGACAGAGUGCUUAGAGAGCAGCUUCAGCAAAAAAGACUAGAAGAGGUUUUGGAACAGCAACAACAGGAAAGGAAUGACAGUAACUUUGCCCGUAUCUGUGUGUUUUGUAGUGAAGAAUUUGCAGGAAACAGGGCUGUUCUGUUCAACCACAUGGCUAAAGAUCAUUCUUUUAAUGUGGGCUUACCAGACAAUAUUGUGUACUGUAAUGAAUUCCUGGAUUUGGUGCAGAAAAAGAUGGAUAAUUUACAGUGUUUAUAUUGUGAGAAAACAUUCCGUGACAAAAAUACUCUCAAAGAUCAUAUGAGGAAAAAGCAGCAUCGCAGAAUCAAUGCCAAAAAUCAUGAAUAUGACAAAUUUUACACCAUUAACUAUCUGGAACUUGGAAAGAACUGGGAGGAAGUUCAAUCUGAAGAUGACAGAGAAAUGAUAGAAGAGCAAGAAGAUGAUUGGUCAGAUUGGCAAGAUCAUCCAGUAUGUGUUGUUUGCCUCUUCUGUGAGAAAGCAAAAGAUACAACUGAAAAACUGGAAAUUCACAUGAAGGUAGCCCAUCAAUUUGACUUUCCAAAAUUGAAGUCUGAAAUGGGUUUAAAUUUCUACCAGCAGGUAAAAUUAGUAAAUUUUAUCAGAAGAGAAAUUCACCAGUGCCGAUGCAAUAAGUGUGGGGAAGCAUUUAGCUCAAAAGCAGAAGUUGUCAGCCAUAUGACUAAGACAAACCACAUUAUGUCACUGCUAGACAGAUCUGCCUGGGAUCAGCCACAGUAUUAUUUUCCUACUUAUGAAAAUGAUGCUCUUCUUUGCUCCCUGUCUGACUGGGAGAGUGAAUCCAUGGAUGACAACCAAGCGACAAAUGUUCCUGUCAUUGCAGAAGAUAUUUCAAACUUGCAAGCUUUGAAAGAAAGUAGCAUUUUAAAUUGUUUGCGCAACCCAGAUACCAAGAACUAAUACUCGUUCUUUCUCUAAACAAAGAGAACCAUCAUUUCGUGAAUUCACCAGUGGCAGCUUUUAAUAUUCUUUUGCUAUAACUCGACAACAUCAAUUGUCCGAGUGCAGAGAAAUCUCUAUUAUCUGAAGGACACGGGCGGGCAGGAUUUCAUUCAGUCAGUUGAAUGCUGGAUAACAUAGUUUAGCCAAGCGUCGGGACCUUGUCAUCUUACUGGAUAAUCCAAAAUUCGGAUAAUUGAAUGUCGGAUAAUCAAGGUUCCCCUGUACUUGUAUGAUUUGACUGUGAUUAGCUCAUUUAGUUAAUCUGCUCAGCAAAACUGAGGUACCCUGGUGGUACUCCUGCUGAACAUCUAGGUGCUUGGAGCUCAUCGGAUAAUUCAUAAGCAACAAAAUUUUACUUGGAUAUAAUCAUGACAUUCUGCUGGUCUUGAGCUACUUGGAUUAGACCGGAACAAAACAUUUUUGAAAUAAUUUGAUUAUUUGUAAUUUGUCAGAUCUUUUAAUCUUCCCCAUUGGUUUUGUGAAUUGUUUCCCUUCACACUAUAUAUGUCUAACUGAGAUUUAAUAUGAAAGAGUGAUCUAGCCAGGGACAAAGCAUUCAAAGUAUGUUUCUGAACUGCUAAAAUUGAAAUGAAGAAUUCAUUUUUGAAAUUUCUGAAGAAGGUUUGGGAGGACUUGAAACAUAAAAUCGGUUUCUCUCUACAAAAGCUGCUACCAGAACUGCUGAACUUCUCCAGCAUUUUUAUUUUUAUUGCUUCAUUGCUUAUUUUUUUGUUUUUGUUGAACAGUUUAUUGACUUGGCCAAUAAAUUACUUUUGACAACUGAGUAUUUCCUUAAACAUGGCAGCAUUCAGUUUAGUUUGGUUUGUGAUUUUUAGCUUAUUGGUUAAUAUCUGCAUAAACUCCUCAGAAGUAGCAAAGUUGUUAACUCAUUCAAGAUGAUGUUUAAAAUAUUCCAUACAUUCAUAAGUAAACUUGAGAAAAGUUGGAACACUUUUCCACCCAGAAGGUAAAAUGACAGUAACGUUUAAUUACAGUAGAAGACUAUUUUCCAAACUAUUUAAGUGUUCCAUUACAACAUUGGCAGCUGUGCUGUGGCAUUCUGGAAAUGAACAAGGGAAGUGACUAAUGGGCACAUUACCCCAAAAUAAAAGUUGUCCUUUGAAAGAAUUGAUUAACAAAAGGACAAAAGUAAGAUAUCCAUUGUAAAGUUAACUUAUUUAUUGUGUAUUCAUAUUAGUUCAAGAAAGAAUAACCUCAAAUGCAAGUUUUGAAUUUUUGAUUAGAUUAGAUUAGAUUAGAUUCCCUCCAGUGUAGAAACAGGCCAUUCAGCCCAACAAGUCCACACCAACCCUCCAAAGAGUAACCCACCCAGACCCAUUUUCCCUCUGACUAAUGCACCUAACACUACGGGCAAUUUAGUUUGGCCAAUUCACCUAACCUGCACAUCUUUGGAUUGUGGGAGGAAACCAGAGCACCUGGAGGAAACCCACACAGACACGGGGAGAAUGUGCAAACUCCACACACACAGUCACCCGAAGUGAGAAUCGAACCUGGGUCCCUAGUACUGUGAGGCAGCAGUGCUAACUAUGUCAAAAUAAUUUUAUGAUUGGUCCAAAAAUCUAAUUCUAAAGUGAUCACAAAUUUUCGAUGUUAUUAGUUUGUUUAAUCCCAGACCUUGUAAGAGAAAGUUUAAAAGUUUUUUUUAAUCCACCUUUUCACAUUCAGGCAUGUGUACGUAUGUCAGAUUUGGUGAAAGAUUGCAUUGCACCUAUUAAAUACUUGGAACUGGCAGUGAUAUUGAUUUGAUAGAAUUGUGUGUUCUUCAAUUUUCCUUUGAUUAAAAAUGAAUUCAGCACUUAAAAAAAUUGAACUGCUUACAUGAUAACUUUUAUAUUUAAACAGAAGUUCACAGUGAGCAUGCUACCAGGCUAUGCUGCCACAUAAGAUAUUAGAGCUUCAUUUCAGUGUUAAACUAUCAAAACCAGGAACUGGGAUUUUUCUAAUGUUCUACAUAAUUAUUUUUAAAAUCAUUAUGAAAGGAAGCACCAGUAGAAACUUGAAAGUGAAAGAUCAUCAUCGGCAGUUUUGUUCAAUGAUUGAAAAAGCUGCAGAUUCGUUUGUCCUCUCAAGUUUAAUGUAAUUUAAAACCAUCUAGUUUUCUGUAAAUUGUGUUCUCCAUCAGUUUCUUUGAUUAUGUUUCCUUAAUGCCCAAUAGUAAAUCAUUGUUUUUAAUUUAAUGCUAGAAGUACUUUUUAGAAACUUCUCUGUCAAAAUGGCUACUUUUCCCAAUAGACUUAAGUGUCAUUGAUAAGGCAGCACUUUUAUUGACCAUCCCUAACUUCGAGAUAGUUCACCACCAUCGUGAACUCAUGCAUUUCAUGUGGUAUAGAUAUAUACAGACAUUGCCGUUGGAGAGAGAGAUCCAUGAUUUUGAUCCAGUGUUAGUGAAAGAAUGACCUGACAAUGCCUUAUCAGGAUAAUGUAUGAUUUGAAGGGGAACUUGCUAGUAAUUUAGUUCUCAUGUGCCUCCUACUCAAUGUCAUGGGUUUGGAAACUUAUUGAUGGAAUCCCAGGAGUUUCUGACCAGCUUCUUUUGGAUGCUAAUCCAGUCAAUUAUUUUGAAUGUGGCAAAUGAGAUAACUAUCCAUUGGUCUGCUUUGCUCUUAUAUACCGUUGACUUUAGCAUAAAAACCAAACAUUGUCAUGGUAAUUAAACUCAACAAUUUUCAGCAUCCCUUCAUUGCUCAUUUAUCAACACUAUUGAUCUUAAUACCUCUCAAAUGCAAUGUUACUAAUACAAGUAACAAAGAAAAAUAAUGUGCACUGCUAAAAUCAUGCUGUCACAAAACAUUAAAAUAAAACUUAUGGAAAACAGAACUGGAACUGAAUGGAGCUAUUCUAAGAACAUUAAGUAAGGGGAAUGUGGCUUAGUACAUGACUCAUCCAUUUCAUGUAAACUUCAGCAAAAUUAUGGUUACAUGGAUCGGAUGUGAACUAACUGUGAAGACUAAAAUCUACAGUCUAUCAUGCAUUUAUGGAAUAGACUGCCACCUAGUGCAAUAAAUGCUAAUUCAGUCAGUGUACGAUAGGAUGUUACAAAAUUAUAAAUUAUGGAACAAGUGGUUGGGGGUUUUGUUUUGGAGCAGGAAAAAUAUGUAACAGAUUAAGUGAGCAAAAUAAGACAAAUCUUCUCAACCCUCUUUAUCAUGUAUUUUCUAUCCACUUUUUAAAUUGAAAAGCAGGAUAUUUUCAAACAGUAGUCCUUUGGAAAUCACUGCAGAUUUAUUCUGACUUGAUCGACUAUUUCAUACAGGGAACAAUUUGAUAUGAGUGCUAUAGUGGAAAUCAUUCAGGAAAUUGACAAAAUAUGAAGUUAAAGAACAAUCUGAUCAAGUUGUAAUUGUCAAAUUACUGAAUAGAAAAGCUCUUUAAAACGAUUGAUACCUAGCCAAAAGCCUCUUGCAUCACAGAUUGGAAAGCUCGAAAAACAUUUGAUUGAGGUCUGAUGAAAGGCCUGGGCUUUUUCUUAUCUGGAGAGACUAUUUGAAUCAGAUAGUUUUACAAGAAUCAAGAGCCUUACGUAAAUUACAUAAGUCUAGAACUUGUAAGACAAGUUUUUUUUUGUCAUUUGCUUUAGCUUACCCAGUGAGAAUUGGUUUAUUGCAGAUGUUCGAAAUGGGGCUGAAUGAGUAUUAUCUGUGGCUGAUUUCACAGUACAUGAGAUUGCUGGGCUGUUGUGGUGCAAAUGGUAGUGAGCCAAGAGGUCUGGGUUGGAGUUCAACCUGCUCCAGAGGUAUGUCUUAGUAUGUCUGAACAGGUUGGUUAAAAGUAUCUUUAAAUGCUUGCUUGAAUAUUGAUCACUGGAUUUUGUUUUCCCUGAGUGAGCCUUAACAUUCUAUAAAUGUUUCUUUCUAAAUAAGUGAGCUACUCCUACACAUCAUUCCCAUAUUUUAGUUUAAAAAUUGGCUUAAAGAGCUUUUUUUUCAAUUUGGUUCCAAAUUUCAAAAUAUAAUUGAUAUGUUGAAAGUAUUAUUGACAAAAAUAGCUUCUUACUGGGAUAAAAUUGUUUUUUCAACUCCAACUGAGAGAAACUAAUGCUUAGUUUGGUGAGAUUGAGCCCAUUGGAUUUGGUGGGAGUCAAAACAUUAAAAUGGUCUGGAAGACUGUAAGUGAACAUGUAUUCACACACACAAUCAACUGGAUUGACACAUAGCUGAAUCUAAAUACAGCAAUAGAAUAAAUAACAUUUUCCAGUGGUUUAAUGAAACAAAGUAAAGGUCCAGGUUUUGAAAUUGUAAUGAUGGUAAGACUGCCAAGAUUUGUUGUCAUUACUCCAUGAAACUGGCAUCCACUUGCAGCUCAAUACAGACUUUUGUCAGUUGCUAUCAGCGAUAGCCUACCAUUCAACAGGAUGCACAUCUGCAGUCUUCACAAUUGCAAUCAGCACAGAAACCAAUAAUUUUGGCCUGGAUAUUAAUACUUCACGCUAUUACUGUAUUUUUAAAAAUUUGUAAAUGUGCCUUGUUGAAUGAGAUGUAAUUGAGAUUUUCAAAAUUCUCUACUCUUGGAAAAGCUAAUUGUAGAAUUCUAGUGUUAUUCCUUCCUGAUU